AUGCUUUCUGCACACCAAGAAGAAAACCUUGCAUAUGGUGAUCCGAAUGAACGUUAUAGAUAUGUUGUGUAUGAGCCGUCAGGCAAGGAGUACAAGAUUGAGAUAUUUCUACCUGAGCCAAUAGUUGAAGAUACCAAAGCUGAUGAGAAGGAUUUACCUGCGGAGUCCAACCUCACACCUGAGGAGCACAAACUUGCACCCGAGGAACACAAAGCAGACGUGCUAUUUGCACCUGAAGAGUCCGAGCUUGCACCCGAGGAACACAUAGCGGACGCGCUAUAUGUACCUGAAGAGUCCGAGCUUGCACCCGAGGAACACAAAGCGGACGUGCUAUAUGCACCUGAAGAGUCUGAGUUCACAGGUGGAUGGCGACAGACGGCAGUUGAGGAGGAUUUAGCUACAGAGUCCAAUCUGUCAGCUGAAGAUACCAAAGCAGAUGAUACAAGUGUACCUGCGGAGUCCAAGCACACAGGUGAAGAUACCAAAGCAGAUGAGAUGGUUGUACCUGCGGAGUCCAGGCUCACAGGUGAAGAUACGAAGGCAGAUGAGAUGGAUGUACCUGCGGAGUCCAAGCUUGCAGGUGAAGAAACAAAGGCAGAUGUGACGUCUAAGCCCCCAGACACCCAGGAUACAGGACUAGAUUUGCUGGGUAGAGACUAUCAGUAUAUUCCAGCCCUGGGAAAAGACAAUGAAUAUCUGGCCAUUUUGCCAGGUGGUCAGAGGAUGCUGGAUGAACCCGAAGGCCAAGAUUCCUCAGAAGAUGUCCGGGCUUGGUAUCACACCAAGGUGCAAGUCCCUAUUUGGCUCCUGGCUAUCAUGACGGUGAUACUCAGUGGAUUUAUUUUCAUGUUGGUCGUCAUCUGCAUCUGCAAAGCAAAGAAUCAGUGGAAACAAAAAUCAAGAUUAAAUGAAACAGACCAACUGACAAGCGUUGUUGUAAAAUAAAACAAUAGAUUUUACAAGGAAAGGAAGUUUUUUACCAAGCCAACAAAUGAGGAAAUGGAACUAUAUCUUCGAGGACGUGAUUCAGGAAUUGGAAAGAGA